AUGGAGCUGUGGCGCCAGUGCACCCACUGGCUGAUCCAGUGCCGGGUGCUGCCCCCCAGCCACCGCGUGACCUGGGAUGGGGCCCAGGUGUGCGAGCUGGCACAGGCCCUGCGGGAUGGCGUCCUUCUGUGCCAGCUGCUCAACAACCUGCUGCCCCACGCCAUCAACCUGCGUGAGGUCAACCUGCGCCCCCAGAUGUCUCAGGCCAUCCCAGAUUUGCCUACAUUUGCUUACCUCCCAGCUUCCAGCCAAACGUCGUCCCGUCUGGCCCCAGGCUGGCAGGCAGUCAGGGUCCCCAGGGUCCCUGGCCUGGGGGCUCCGGUGGCCCUAGCUGACCCCACACCCCGCAGCGACACGGUGGAAGAGGAUGAGGACCUGUAUGACUGUGUGGAGAACGAGGAGGCGGAGGGUGAUGAGAUCUACGAAGACCUCAUGCGCUCCGCGGAGCCGGUGCCCAUGCCGCCCAAGAUGACAGAGUAUGACAAGCGGUGUUGCUGCCUGCGGGAGAUCCAGCAGACGGAGGAGAAGUACACGGACACGCUGGGAUCCAUCCAACAGCAUUUCAUGAAGCCCCUGCAACGGUUCCUCAAACCCCAAGACAUUGAGAUUAUCUUCAUCAACAUCGAGGACCUGCUUCGUGUGCACACUCUCUUCCUAAAGGAGAUGAAGGAAGUCCUGGGCACCCCAGGUGCGCCCACCCUCUACCAGGUGUUCAUCAAAUACAAGGAGAGGUUCCUCGUCUACGGCCGCUACUGCAGCCAGGUGGAGUCAGCCAGCAAGCACCUGGACCAUGUGGCCGCCGCCCGGGAGGAUGUGCAAAUGAAGCUGGAGGAAUGUUCUCAGCGAGCAAACAACGGGAGGUUCACCUUGCGGGACCUGCUGAUGGUGCCCAUGCAGCGGGUGCUCAAGUAUCACCUCCUUCUCCAGGAGCUGGUCAAACACACGCAGGACGUGAUGGAGAAGGAGAACUUGAGGCAGGCCCUGGACGCCAUGAGGGACCUGGCACAGUGUGUGAAUGAGGUCAAGCGGGACAACGAGACGUUACGGCAGAUCACCAAUUUCCAACUGUCCAUCGAGAACCUGGACCAGUCUCUGGCCCACUAUGGCCGGCCCAAGAUCGAUGGGGAGCUCAAGAUCACCUCAGUGGAGAGGCGCUCCAAGAUGGACCGGUACGCCUUCCUGCUCGACAAAGCUCUGCUCAUCUGCAAGCGCCGAGGGGACUCCUACGACCUCAAGAAUGUUGUGGAUCUGCAAAGCUUCCAGGUUCGAGAUGAUUCCUCUGGAGAGCGAGAAAACAAGAAGUGGACUCACAUGUUUCUCCUGAUCGAGGACCAAGGUUCCCAGGGCUAUGAGCUGUUCUUUAAGACACGAGAACUGAAGAAGAAGUGGCUGGAGCAGUUCGAGAUGGCCAUCUCCAACAUCUACCCUGAGAACGCUACUGCCAACGGGCACGACUUCCAAAUGUUCUCCUUUGAGGAGACCACGUCGUGCAAGGCUUGCCAGAUGCUGCUGAGAGGCACUUUCUAUCAGGGUUACCGUUGUCAUCGGUGCCGGGCACCUGCACACAAGGAGUGUCUGGGAAGGGUCCCUCCAUGUGGCCGACACGGGCAAGAUUUUUCAGGAACUAUGAAGAAGGAUAAGCCACAUCGCCGAGCUCAGGACAAAAAGCGGAAUGACCUGGGCCUGCCCAAGAUGGAGGUGUGCCAGGAAUACUAUGGGCUUCCCCCACCACCUGGAGCCAUUGGUCCUUUCCUGCGGCUCAACCCUGGAGACAUCGUGGAGCUCACCAAGGCUGAGGCUGAACAGAACUGGUGGGAGGGCAGGAAUACGGCUACCAAUGAAGUUGGCUGGUUUCCCUGUAACAGGGUCAAGCCCUAUGUGCAUGGUCCCCCUCAGGACCUGACUGUUCAUCUCUGGUACGCUGGCCCCAUGGAGCGCGCCGGGGCAGAAAGUAUCCUCACCAACCGCUCGGAUGGGACGUUCUUGGUGCGGCAGCGGGUGAAGGACUCAGCAGAAUUUGCCAUCAGCAUUAAGUAUAAUGUUGAGGUCAAACACAUUAAAAUCAUGACAGCAGAAGGAUUGUACCGGAUUACAGAGAAGAAGGCUUUCCGGGGGCUUACGGAGCUGGUGGAAUUUUACCAGCAAAAUUCCCUGAAGGACUGCUUCAAGUCUCUGGACACCUGCCUGCAGUUCCCCUUCAAGGAGCCUGAGAGGAGAGCCAUCAGCAAACCACCAGCAGGAAGCACGAAGUAUUUUGGUACAGCCAAAGCACGCUAUGACUUCUGUGCCCGGGACCGAUCAGAGCUGUCCCUCAAGGAGGGUGACAUCAUCAAGAUCCUUAACAAGAAAGGUCAACAAGGCUGGUGGCGAGGGGAGAUCUAUGGCCGGGUUGGCUGGUUCCCCUCCAACUACGUGGAGGAAGAUUACUCUGAAUACUGCUGAGCUUGGCGCACUGGCCAAGAGACGAGAAACUCCAGGCUCUGAGCCCAGGAUGAGCAGGCAGCAGGGCCAGGGGGCUGUGACAGGUCCCAGCGGGCUGAGCACCGGUAUGGAUGGUGGAGGGCCAGCGUCCAGCUGGCAGGGCUCCUGGGAUGAUGCUCUGCCACGGUUAAUUUAUAACACACCGAUUUCCUCCUGGGGCCCCUCGAGAAGGCGGGGCUCGAGGCAACAGCUUUUAAUAAAAUGUUGAAAGGAA